UCGCUUAUUAUAUUUAGCUGACUAGGCAUAAUCAACUGGAUAAUUUAUACAAAGAUGGUUUAUGUCUAUACAUCAUUUUCUUCAAAUUGAGGUCCAUUUGAACCUUGGAGAUGCGAUGUUGCCGCCCACCUUAUUAAUUCAGGGAAGCUUAAUAAUUCAUUCCCGAUCAUCCUGCAAUAUUUUAUUUUUAACAAAAGCGUCCUUGUUAAAUUGAAUAGUUUAUAUUAGCCACUAAAUGUAACUUUAUGCAGUAAUCGUGGUGGUCGAUGAAUCUUUGAGCGCGUGCUGUUGUUUUCUGGCGAGAUUUGGUGGUAUAGGUCAGUAAACUUAAUCAAUAGAUAGGUAUAAAAUCCAAAACACUGUAUAUGAUGGAAGCAGACGAUCUAAAUUCUCCGGCCGAAGUUCGUGGUUCACUUGUGUGAAUUGAUUUUUCGAGUGUACUAAGUAAACUUUACUUUGUUGGCAGGUGAUAGGCUGCUAAGUUCAAUGGAGGUCCAAUGACAUCAUGUCUGCCCUGCCUGAGCGCAAAGAGCAGGACCUGUUUUACGUCUGGAUCGUAGCGUCAGUGUCUGGAUUCAACUCGGAAAUAGUGACCUAUCCACUAGAUUUGGUGAAAACGCGACUACAAGUACAGGGGGAGACUGCAAAGUCUGGAAAAGAGGCUCUAGGCGAGGGUCCACAACGAGGCUUCGUUCAAACGACUGUUGGCGUGGUGAGAGAAGAAGGUUUCUUUAAGCUAUGGAAGGGCAUGAGCGCCGCAUGGCUGCGGCAAUUCCUGUAUUCAGGAGUCCGCAUAGUCUCCUACAAGUACAUCAAGAACAAACUGAUAGCCGUCAAUCCUCCGGAGAAGGGAUCACAAUUUCCUAUUUGGAAGUCUGCAAUGUGUGGUGCAACAGCUGGAGGGUUUGCGCAGUGGAUAGCUAGCCCUGCCGACCUCGUGAAGGUCCAGUUGAUGAUGGAGGGCAAAAGACAAAUGAUGGGCCUACCGCCAAGGGUUAAUGGUAUCAUGGAUGCGUUCAUAAAAACCUGGAACUCUGGUGGCGUUAGAGCUCUCUGGAAAGGCGCCGUGCCAUGCGUCCAGCGCGCUGCUUUGGUCAACCUGGGGGACCUGACUGCGUACGAUUCCACCAAGAGGGCGCUGCUGAAGCACACUUCCUUGCCAGAUGCCCUCCUGGUACACUUCCUCGCCAGCUCUGUGGCCGGCUUCUUCGCUGCUCUUCUUGGCACUCCUGCUGAUGUCAUCAAGACCAGGGUGAUGAACCAGCCGUUCGACGAGAAGGGAAGUGGUAUCCUAUACAAGAACUCUUUGGAGUGCCUGAAGAAAACAGUAGGCGAGGAAGGAUUUGCCGCACUCUACAAAGGCUUCCUGCCAAUCUAUCUACGGAUGGCUCCAUGGUCGGUCACAUUUUGGAUUACAUUCGAACAAGCCAUGGUUAUGCUUGGACAGGACACCUGGUAGAGAAAUAUGUUAAAUUUACGAUAUCUGGAUCUGAGGAUCUGCAAUUCGACCACUGCAACAAAGACUAUAGUAACUCAAAAAUCCUUGCUUUUGAGUUACUAUAUGGUACUAUAGGCAACCAGUAAAUCUUCUACGUCAUAUAGUAAGUAUAAUUGUUGCUCCCGCGAAAACUACAUCAAAUUGAGUUACCUUAGUCUUCGAUGAAAAAAAUCACCGAAAGCCUAACUUACUGUUAAACCUACUGUCUGACUCACUAUGAUUUUCGCGGCAUAGUUUAAGGUUACGUUAAUUAAUAGCAAAAAUGUUUCAAGUAUUAGCUGUAUGAAAAGAGCAGUUUUCAAAGCGAACUAAAAUGAAUUCAAGAACCAAAAUAAUUCUGACAGAUGCAAAGAAGCUAAGUGCAGUUGCUGAACCGUUAAAUUCAGGCAAGUUUGGUUCAUAAAUAAUGAUGAAUUCUUUGAACACAACGAAAAGGUUCAAACAUAGCAUCUUCUUCUGCACGUUGUGCAUUGGGAUCUGUCGCAUCACACUCUGUUUCUCUCAUACCUGUAAAAUAGAAAAGUUUAACAGAUAAUUCAACUACUACAGUCCUCGGUUUUGCUAAGACGACACUCGCGUGUUUGCUAUUCAUUCGUUCAUCUCCAAGUCUGGACCUGAUACAGACCUAUAUCGUACUGAUGAGGGCUGAAGAGCCCUGUCUGCGGUUGGUCGUGGAUACACUAGUUUUAAAUAAAAGGUAAAAUCGGAAAACUGGAACAAAUACGAUUGUGGAGAAAAGUUGAAAAUAAAUAAGUACCUCGUGAAAUGAAAUAUAAGUGCGACUAUGCUGAUGAUCUCACGAAAGUAAUAUUGAUUAUCAGCGAAUGAAACCGCAAAACAAUACGCUUCAGGAACUACGUUUGCUGUACACAAGCUUGCUUCCAGAAAAUUAAAUGGUUUAUUAGACCUAUGUAAAUAAAAAGCAACCAGUCUUCCUAGCAUUCCUGAGGCUCACCUGCUUUUCGUUUUUCUCUAAAAGCCAAGGAAGAUAAAAAAUACAAAGCGGUCAAAAUAUUAACAGUGCUGAAAAUCAGGAGUUGAGAACGAUGAUAUUGAAGACGAAGAUGAAUAUAAUUUGAGUGACUCAGAUUGGCAUUAAAGAGGUUUUUUUCGACCAUUUGCUUGAAAAAUGAAUGCAUAUCCUACUAACUCUAGGGCAAGUGUACUUUUUUCAUUAAUUGAUCCAACGAAAACUAUAGUAAGUCAGCAAAAUUUAUAAAAAAAUGUCACUUUCGCUAGGUUUGUAUAGUAAUACCAUUUAUAACCUUCAGUAUACAAGAAUUACUGCAAUGUGCAACAUAUUUUUGAUGAGAUCGUCAUUUUUCUGACAACGAAAUUCAUCAGAAAAUCUUCUAAUGCCUGUAUCUCAGUUCAACCAAAACUGAGUUACAAUAGUCUUCCUUGCAGGGGUCGAAUUGAUAUAAUCAUAUCAGGUACCUUUAACUGAAGCUGAUCACUAUGCAGGCAACUGUUGACUGAGAAUUUAGUAUCGUUUUUUGUCAAUAUAUCGAGGAAAAUAUUAAUUCUUUAUGGAUUAAUAUGUAAUCAUUUUUCAAUAACAUAUAUGAUAUUAUGUAUGUGAACUACAACCUAACUUACGCUAUGCUUGAUUCACGCAAGAUAUCUUGUAGUUACAUUACAGACGCACCCGGUCAUAUUUCAUUAUAUGCUGACGUGAUUGAGAUUGCGACCAGUUUGUAUGUAUCGAUGCUUCAGUUAAUUUUAACCUGUUGGUUACAGAUAUGUUGGAACCAGAGUUUGAUUAAGAUCAGGAUGUUGCUCUUGUUAAAAAAAGUACGGUUACUCUUUCUCUCUCUAUGCCAAACUCUUACAGUUCCUACGGGUAUCAGCAGAUAGAAAUCAUGUUACACAUAAAGUCUGUAUUUUGUUUUGGCAUAUUAACAUUAUGACAUUUCUAGAUCAAGGUUCCCAUAUACCCCGAUAUCAUUAAAUAUUUAUUAAAUAUUAAACAAAAAAUGUUUGUUAAAUAUUUGUAGCGACAGAUUUUUUAAUAUUUAAUAAAUAUAUUUCUUAUAUAUUUAUUAAAUAUUCAUUAUAGAUAUUUGUAGUAUAUAUAUUUCAUAUAUUUUUGCGAUAUUUUUUCCAAAUAUUUAGAAAAUAUAUGAGGAAAGAUUUUUAAAUAUCAAUUUUAUAUUCUGGUGAAAUAUUUAAUACUUUCCGUAAAUAUGUAUGGAUUUUCAAGCAUUAAUCUGAUACAUAUUUUGAGUGUGUAUAGAAAAUACUUCAUUGGUUGUUUUAGCAAAAUCUGUUGGAAUGCCUAUAUAAAAUUGGGUUUAUAAAGAAAAUUAAUUCUAUAUAUAAUGGUUUAAUUUGCUAGAAAAAUAUUAUUAAAAAAAACAUUCAGCCUCUUCUGCAUCUUGCAAGUUCACUCCUCUGAAAAAACAAACUUACUAAUUAUGAAGUAUUAUUGAAUACAUAAGCUGCUUUCCAGUGGAUUUAUGAGAAUAUAAAAUGCAGUGGAACAGUAUUGGUGUUGAGCAUGCUGAGUUACUCCUUGUAGCUCAACUGGGUCACUGAAAAGCAGCUCUACACCUAUAAUGCACCUAAAAGGACCCCAUAUUUUCUGCAUAUGAUAACUCGAGAUUUGGUUAAUUUUUAAGAAAAUUUGGUAUGUCAUUUUAGAUAUCUCGAUGAAAAAUGCCAAAUGGGCACAAAUUGAUCCUUUUUCUAACUUUUAAAGAAAAGGUUUUUGAAAAUAGACCACUUAUUGAUUUUCUUGAAAUGUGACUUUUUUUAGUAAGGGGGUUAAUUUAGCCAUAACUAUUUCGUGAUUUUAUAUUAUAAUUCAAGGGACAAAAAUAUAGUAUUUUCGACUGUUAAAAUUUUGCAACGUCGCUGUUGAACUUAAAAAUUUUAAAAUAGUUACAGCUGAUCUGCCCCCUACUACGACAAAAAAAGCAUUUUUGAUGUGUCUCGAUCGAGUUGCGAUUAUAUGACUUUUCAUUGGGAUGUUUUUUUUUUGAAACAAAUCUUUAUCCAAUAUGCAAUUUUUACAAAUUUGAUAGGAAACAAAGUUUUCUAAUCUGUGUUUAAAACACUGGCCUCGAGAACAACAAUACUUAAAGAGCGAAUUUUAGCUACAAUAAAUUCAACAAUUCAAGUGUCUUUUGAGUGUCUUUACAUAAUUCCUGAAUACAUGUACUUUUUUUUACAUUAUUUGGUAGGUUGUUAUACUUUUUUACUGCAUCAGUGACAGGAUUAUUUAAUCAUAUAUUGGUUCUAGUAGGAAUGUGGUACAAAUUAUUAUGUGAUCUUGUCUCAUGGUCAUGCACCUCAUGUGUAAUGAUCAAAAUGUUAAAAUUUUUAAGAUCAUUUUACAUUGUUCUAAUUCCUACAGCUUAUCUAGUUUACAAGUUGAAUGUUUGUUCUGAGUACAGAUUGCCCGUGUUGGCAAGUCGAUCAUAGUUGAACAAAAUUCUUAAUAUUCUAUUUUGCAAAACUUGUGCUUUAUGAAAUUCAGUUUUACAACACAUUCCCCAAAUAGGUAACAUAUAUCUAAAGUGUGCUAAGAAAAAUGCAUUAUAAAUAUUUAUUAUAAAUAUUAUUUUACUUUUUGUAGUUAAGUAGUCUCUGCUUCGGUACAAAGCAGCUAUCAUCGAUGUUGUUUUAUCCAAAAAAUUUUAAUGUGACUAGACCAAUUCAAGUUCUCAUCUAUAAUUAAACCCAGGUUUUUGGUGCUCGAUACUUUUUCUAUUAUAACAUUAUUUAGUCGUAUACAAGGGUUUUCGAAUAUUUUAUUUUUCUGUUUAAAAAUUAGAUAUUUUGUUUUAUCAAUGUUGACCUUUAGUUUAUUCGAAUAUAGCCAUUUACAGUAAACAGCAAGAUCUAAAUUAACUUCGUCACGCAGAGCCUGCUCAUGAUUUCCUUUAUAGAGAAGAACUGUGUCGUCAGCAAAAGUAAAAUACCUUGCAUUAAGAUUUGCACUCUUUAGAUUUAGAACAUAUAAAGAAUAUAAUAGUGGACACCACAGUCACUAGAUAACCACUCACUAGUUGUUUCACCAAUUUUCACAUAUUGUUUCCUGUUAAGUAAAUAAGUUUUAAUCAAAUUAUACACAGUGCCCCCAAAUCCCAUAUUUUGUAACUUAUUCAAUAAUAUAUUAAUAUCUACCACAUCAAACGCCUUUCUUAAGUCUAUAAACAAUGCUAUAACCACUAGUUUUUCAUCCAAAGCCCUUGAGAUGUAAUUUACAAAAUCAACUGCAACUGCAAGCGUACUACUGUUUUUAUGAACCCAUACUGGUAACUGUCUGCUAAUGUGUUUUCCUCUAUACAUGACAUCAUUCUUUUCUUGAUAAUUUUUUCGACAAUUUUAGAUAAAAUACUGAUCACAGAUAUUGGCCUAUAGUUAUUCAUAGAGUGUUUAUCACCUGAUUUAUAAAGUGGAGUAAUUUUACUUAUUUUAAGUUCAUCUGGAAAUUUUCCAGUUAUAAUUAUGUUGUUAAUUAAUUUUACUAAUAUUUCUACAAUAUAAGGUCUGAGGUUGAGUAUAUCUCUGACUGAAAUGCCAUCAUUUCCAUGCUGAACUUAUUUUUAUUUCCAGUAUGAUUUCACUCACCUCUUGUUGAUCAGUGAAGGCUAUCAAAACUGUAUUAUGCAUAUACACUACUUUUUUUUCAAUAUUUGCACCUGAUUUUGCAAUAGAACUACCAACAUUAGAGAAAUAUCUGUCUAAAUUAUUUACUACAUCUAUCCUAUCAUUCACGAGAGUGUUGCCAAUCUUCAUACAAUCACAGGCAGCUCCCUCUGUUUUAUGUUUAAAAAACUAUUGACAAACGUCCAUUGCUUUUUGAUGUUGCUACCAGCUAAAUUAAACUUUCUCCGAAAAAACCUAUUCUUCAAGACUUUUAUUUUAUUUUUUAUUCGGUUUUUAAUUUUUUUAAAUUCAGCAACUAAAUUCUCAUUUUGUGGUUGUGUGGACUUUUGUCUGUAAAUUUUAUCCCUUUUAUCCAUCAUUUCAAGUAAUUCCUCGUCUAUCCAGCUAUUAUUUUCACGUAUCCUUAAUACUUUUUUUUUCUCCGACUUGACCUUACAUUCUUGAAUUAUAUCAAUCAGGUGCUGAAAUGUAGUAAUAUUCACUGUUUGUACCUUCCGUUGAACAAGAUACUGAAGUCGCUUAUAAUCUAUCGAUCUUAUUUCAUAAUUUGCCUUUGGUUUACGAAUUUUAAUGCUAUCUUUAAUAUUUACUAACUAAGUAGCUUAUGGUCCGACAGGGCAUUUUCCUUAACACUUACAUUAUAAUUCAGCUUACCGCCACGAUCACUGAGAACAUGGUCUAUGAGAGAUUUACUUGAAUCCGUGGUUCGAGUAGCAUGAUCUUCACAAAUUGAAUUGUUUAUUUUAAAGUUAUUUAUUGUUAACAAAUUUUUGUAUUCGAAAGUCGUUGGAGAAUCUUCUAACAGGUUUAUGUUCAUAUCUCCUAUUAUUAAAUGAUUUCUUGGAUGUUCAAGGAGGAUGGACUCCAGAUACAGACAAAAAUCCUUAUUGUUGUACGAUGGUGGUUUAUAGACUACACUAAUUUUAAUAUUUUGUUCACCUAAACAUAUACACAUCCAAUUCACGAUGUCAUUAGUAUUGAACUGAUCUAAUUCAUAAAAUGAUAUUGUUUUGCGUACGUAUAUGGCCACUCUACCGCCACGCCCAGCUCUGCAGGAAUGCACAGAAGAGUAGUUCUCCAAUUCAAAAAGAAAGGUUUCAUUUUUCUGCAACCACGUUUCACUAACCACCAAUAUAUCACAGUCUUCCUUGAAUAUAAAACAUUGCAUGAGAUCAAUUUUAUUCCUAAUGCUCUGAAUAUUCAUAUACGCAAUUUUGAGUCGUUUUUCGAGGCUCUUCUAGUUUUCCAACUGCUCCUUACUUUCAACUAACAGAACUUUAGAUCGCUCGUCUUUCCGUAGGAAAAUGCUUCCAUUCCCAAUCCAUAGGAAUUUGUAUCCUUUCGCAUUUUUGAACAAUCUUGCAGCUUUGUACAGUUCAACAUUCGUUUUUGUGAGCUCAUGGUUUAGAAAUAUUUUAUUCUCCGUUGUAUAGCCUAAGUCGGUACUCUUGAGAUCCAAUUUCUUUUUUGAUUUAAGAAACCUUGUUUUAAUCGAAUCAUCAGCAAAUACCACUUUGAUUGGAUUAUUCUUUACACUUCCCUUAUUCAUUCGAAAGACAGUGAACUUUUGAUUUAUUGGAACACCAAGGUGUUUACCGAUCUUGUUUAUGAUUUCUGGUAGGUUUUCGUCUUCUUUGCAAGGUACUCCUUGAACAAGCAGAUUAUUCUUGAGAUCCCUUUGAUCAUUUUUGUUCAACUGUUUUUUAAUACUACCUAAUUCCUUUUGUAAAGUUUCGUUAAUUUUAGCCUUCUCAGUAAAUCUUGCAAACAAUGCGUUAUAUUUUUCGUCCAUUGCAUCCAACUUCUCCAUGAGAUCCGCCAAGGUGUAGUUUUUUGCUUGCUGCUGAGGAGUCUUUUUGGCUUCAUCUUCAGCAUUACAAAAGUUACACGACCAUUGCUGAGAAGAUUUGCUCAGUUUCGUAUAAGUUCCUUGAGAAAUUGCCAGGCAAGUCCUAUGCUUCCAAACAUUACACUUGUCACAUAAUAGAGCUUUCUUGGUCAUCAAGAACCGACUUGUUGCACAUGUUACAUAUUUCUGCUGUAGUUUUCGGCAUAUUGCGAACGUUGUGCCGAUCCUCACGCUGAAAUUUGCAGUCGUCAGAUGAUUCAACUUAUUUAAAUCCACUGGUCUUGCUUAUGUUUUUGCACACUUGUUCAGACUACUCUAAGGCAACACUAGAACUUACUUUUUACAUUUAAUUCCUCAAUUUUCCAAUAGAAAUAACAACUUGAUCAAGCAAGAAAAACAGUAAACAACUCGCACCGUUGUUAGUACUUCUUUAUUUUUGUGUAAUGUAUUAUGUAAUGAAUAUUCUCAAAUAAAUCCACCAAUACCAAAUAACUGUUACACUUCAAGGCUAGUUAUUCAUGGUCUUGUGAAUACCUUUAUACUCAACUGUCACAACAAUGUUUACUAGUCAGAUAAAUUAAGCUAUGUAAUUAUCGAAAAACUUACCCUUUUCCACACAAAAAAUAACACUCAAAUAAUGUACCACUUGGAGGUAUAGAGGAAGGGCGCUAUCAUAGGGAAAGUCACAGGCAAAAUGAAUGCUGGCAAACGCGCAAACAGGCCUGCUUUCUAUUAUGCCAUUGGUCGCUCGGUGACACACGCACAUGCGCCGUAGCCGACAAUAUUUAAUGAAUAUUUACUAAAUAUUGGAGAUUUGAUAUUUUCCAUUUAUUGAAUAAUAAAUAUUUAAUGAAUAUAAAGCAAAAUAUUGUAGUUAAAUUAUUUAAAACAUAUUGAAUAAAAAUAUUAUAUUACAAAUAUUUAUUAAAUAUUUGUUUAAUAAAACAAAUAUUCAAGUAAGAUAAAAAUAUUAUUGUAUAUUUAAUGAAUAUUUCAUGCUAUCGGGGUAGGGUAUGAGGUAUAAUCUUAUAUAAUAAUACUGUACCACUGGUGGGCACUUUUUAUUUUGGCGUCCAUUUUUCCAAAUAUUUACAUUUUUCUGAAGAAAAUGAUAACUAACUUUGUUAUAGUAUUUUUUGCUUGAGGAAUUAAUGAUCUGAUUACUUAUGUCCACUUAUUAUCAUACUGUUUGCCAAUAUUAUAUCAUUCGGUACCUGUGAAUGGAUAUUUUCCUUGACCAAUGAAAAUUUAGUUGAAUUACAUUAAAAUAUCAAAAAUACGGGUACACGUGUUUCAAUAUUUUUCAAGUGACAGUCACACAAUAAGCACUACAGACUGUCACACUGCACACCAUUAGAAGAGCACCAAUUUUUUUAUCCAUCGACUUGUGAGAAAAAUUUAUAGAAGACAAAAAUAUUCACAUCGCUAGGCAUAAACAUUUGUGAUAAUUAUUGAUGUGGUAGUAAAUUUUCUUUUCGAUUGCGUGGGUGUUUGCUUAGAAGGUCGAAUCUCUAAAGUGAAGCAUAAUCAAGAAAUCGUUAGCAAGGCUCUAAUUAUAUACUGGAUUAUAGGGCUAGGGUUAUGCGAGGGCUAAGGUUAUGCGAUUAAAGAUUUUGGACAUGUGGGUUAGGGUGUCCCAGCCUGAAGGCAACAAAUUUUUGUUUGAAUUGAAUUGAGAUACGCUUUUUACUCUGAAUUGAAUUAUUCUGUUAAUAACUUAAAUUUUAUUAUAAUUUUACUUUGAGGUGAUUAAUUAUGAUUGAUUGUUCGACCAUCUACUACUGUAAUAUAAACUCUUUGUAAUUAAAAAUUAUUUUCUACUUUUUAGUUCGGUUAGCUAUAAAAGCGUGUUUUUUUUUUUAGUUUUCUUAGGGCCAAUUUCACCAACAUUAAUAUUAUGAACCAAUGGGAAAAUACCUUAUCAAAAUGCAAUUUGACGGAAGCUGUCAAAGGCCUCUGAAUAUUAGUGAUUUCUAUUGAAAUAUUGAAUAAAAUAGUGAAAAUUCGAUUGUAUUAUAAAGAAGACCACUUUUUUAUUCCAACAUGAUGCUUUUGUACAGAAAAAAAAGGACAACUUUCAUGUAUUUUGAUAUAUGUUAUAGGUUUACAUUUAACAAUCCGUUAUCCCCCUCAGCGAAUGGGAAUGCGGCAAAUAAUAGGUCGAUUAUCUAGCUGUUAAAUUUGGCAGCAGAUUUGGACGUUUGUUAAUGCAUGUCACUCUCGAAUUUAUCAACUUCAAUAUACUGAAAGUUAUCAUUACAUACCUGUUGAAUAGUGUGGAUUUGUCUGUAUUUUGCAAGAAAAUAGAAUAUAAAAUACAUUCCAUCCAAUUCCUCAUCUUCCUUUACGUCAUAAUAGUAAUUUAUGGGUUAAUGAAUUUCUUCAAAGCAAUAAAAACAUGAUGUCCUCUCCAUCCUAAAACACAGAUAAUAUGUGUAAGACGUGUCAAUCCCUACAUCUCCCUGAUGCAUAAUGCAAUUACUAUGGACAUAGACAAAAAAUUAUGAAAAAUGUUUCACAGAUAAUGGCUUUUAAGAGGGGUUUUCACGAUACGAGUACAUUCGGUCCGAGUGCGCGGUACGAGCUAAAUCGUAUAGGAGUCUACCUUAGAUAGUAGUCUACACGUUCCGAGUUAAAGCAGCCUCCGAAUAGCAUUUAUUUCAGUUCGUUAAUGUUAUCAUGUCGACUAAUUUAUUGCUACAAGGCAUAGAAGUAGUGGCAGAUAUGCUUAUUUCGGAAAUAGAAGGGCAACAAAAACCAAGAAAAAAAAGCAAAAGAAAGAUUUGGACCCGCAAUUGGAUUUUACGGCGUAAUCAACAGGGUGCAUCAAAUAAUUUCCUUUGUGAAGUAAACAUAGAAGAUCAGGAUACCUAUAAAAAUCAUUUACGAUUAAACAGCACACAAUUUGAAUUUCUUCUCAAAAGAGUUGCACCAAAAAUACAGAAGGCAGAUACUCUUAUAAGGGAAGCGCUACCAGCAAGGGUUAAGCUUGAGAUAGUUUUGCGUUAUCUAGCUACUGGUGACUGCUUUCGCAGUUUGGAGAGUAACUUUCGGGUUCCAAAAUCCUCGAUAUCCCAGUUUCUACCUGCAGUGUUAGAUGCUAUUUACAAGGCAUUGGAAGAAUUUAUACAGGUCAGUAAGUACAAAUCGUAUUAAUUAUUUAUUCAAGUAAAUACACAUUUCUAUUGGGUGAGGAGUGAAUUAAUUUUUGUGAUAGCUACUUCUGAUAUGUUAUUUUCCAGGAUCUUCAGGCACAGCAUCUUCACUAAUGGUACGUGUACACUAUAGAUUUUUCCCCGAGAUUUGCGCUAGCUAGAGUCGCUUUAGACUAAGUCUAUAGUGUACAUAUUACUGAGACUGCUCUAGCGAGUGUGGCGUAAUACUCUCGGUAGCGCGACGUUAGUCUAGGUAGGGUUUUAGUGGACACAGUACUGAGACUAGUUCUCUAGAUCACUCUCGCAUUGUUUCGCUCUAUUCGAUGAGUUAAAUAGAUUAGUUGAAAGCAUGGCUUCCCCACCAAGUGUAAAUGAGCAAAAAGCUAUGAAAUGGGACAAAGAAAGUACUCUCAAGCUAAUUGAGAUGUACGAGGCACAUCCAGAACUUUGGAAUUGCUUACUGAAGGAGUACAGAGAUCGGGAUAAAAAGGCUCAAGCCAAAUUGGAAGAAAAUGGCAUAAUUUAAGGAGUCAAAUGAAUUCGGAGAUAAGGAAAAUUAAAAAAACCAAAAGUUGAGAUGGAACUGAUGAUAGACUGUGGAAAAGUAAGUGAGAAUUUUAUGAUGCGUUACAGUUCAUGGUGGGUUGCUCUGGGAGCACCAAAAGCACUGCAAACUUUAGGGAUACGGUGAGUAAACAUUUUUUCAGCAUUAGAAACAUAUAUUACAUUAAGCAGAUAAAAUGGUAUUAUGUUUAUAUAUAUUUAUACUGCCAGGCGACUUCACCAUGUUUGGAUACAAAAUAAUUUUCAAAUUGUUCUCUUCUUUGGCUGUUUUCGAUGGGUUUCUAACAUUUGUAGUCUGUAAAGGAACCAUAUUAGCUAUAGGAUUUCCUCCAUUUCUCCAACUCCCAUUGAUAACGUUCCCAUCAUUUUCAGUAUCAAAUAUUCCAUUUGGGGCAUAUAAAUGUGCCGAACUUUUUUGGGUCAGUAAGAAAUUAUGCAAAGAACAUAUUGCAAGUACAAUUUUUUUAACCUUCUCUGGAGGUAGGUCUAUUGGUCGUCUAAGAACACGAAAUCGAGCCGAGAUCAGUCCGAAAGCAUUCUCAACUACACGCCUUGCUCUUGAUAUUCUAUAGUUAAAAACCCGAUUAAAUCCGGGUUGGUUUUUGAAAGGAAAAGGUUUUAAUAAAUAGGAAGUCAAGGCAAAAGCAUCAUCGGCAAUAACAACAAAAGGUGCAUCUUCAGAUUCACCCGGUAAUGGCCUUGGUUUUGGCAUGUUUAACAUGUUGUUUUCUAAUGCUCUUGACAAUGAACAGUUUGCAUACACGCCACCAUCAGAUAUGCGUCCAUUGCACCCGACAUCCACAUAAAGAAAUUUGUAUUUUGCAUCAACUAGUGCCAUGAGGACUAUGCUAUGUGUUCCUUUAUAAUUAAAAUAAAGACUGCCUUUAUUCCUUGGUGCUUUCAUAACCACGUGCUUGCCAUCUAGAGCACCUAAACAGUUUUUAAAAUUCCAAAUCUCCUCAAAUCCCUUUGCAACUUCAUACCAUUCUUCCUGAGAGUUUGGGAUCUAAAAGAAAAAGUAAUAUUACAAAACUAAAAAUAAGCUUAUUCGCUACUUUUGUUUUAUUUCAGGUUUCGUCGCAAGAGGAAGAUUUUCUGGAGGAGUCUCAAUUACAAAGCAUAGAAAAACCAACAACAUCAAAUACUACAACUCAUCGUUCGAAAAAACUAAAAACCAAAGCCAAGGAGAAAACGGACGAGGAAGGUGAUGCAAUGCUAGAAAAGCCUAAAAACAUACUAAAUACACCAACUGACGAGCAUACCGUAUUUGGUGAAUAUGUUGCUAGUGAAUUACAGCAGCUGCGUUCUGAUGAACGAAAAAGAAGAUUAAAACGAAUAAUCCAGAAAGCUAUAGUUGCAAUGAGCGAGGAAGAUGAAGUGGAGUUUUCUGGAUCAAGAACACUUACACCUUUAAUGUCGCCUACUUAUUCACAUUCGAGUACAUACCCAUCAACUUCAAAUACGGUUGAAAGUUUUGAAGAGGCACCGAUAACAAAUACAACUACAAACCUUCCUCCAAUCACGCAGUUUUACGAAAAUUACUUACCUGGAGAUAAUCCGUUUUCAGCACAGUAAAUAUCGCUUCACAAACUUCAGGUAUAAUCCUUGAAAUGGUCGUGACUGGAAUCCGAAAAAGGUAUUGCAGGGAAUGAUAGCUAUCUCCUACAAUUAAAAAUGAUUUAAUUAGAAGUUGUUUUUGUUUGCUUUUUAAGUUAAAUACAUCCUAGAAAACAAACUCAUGUCUUUCAAUACUCACCUGUUGCUAAAAACCGUAAAGUAAGCAUGAGCCGUUCUGAAGGUGAAAUAGCUAGCCUAAGAUGAGUAUCUUGUUUUCUAAUCAAUGGUUCAACUUUUUGAAGCAAGUAUUCAUAGUCCUUAUUACUCAUGCGUAAAAAGUUAGCGUAUGAAUUCAUGUCUUCGCUGUGUAAUUCUUUCACCAAUUGAGCAAAAAAACCACUAUCCUGUCUUCUUGAAAUCCAGCUCCUAACCCACAUCCUUCUCUUCUUGUUUUUUAGCUCAACAUUUUUUCUCUUCUUCGUUAUUAAAAUAACAGAGGCAGCUGCAAUUUACUUAAUUCGCGACAUUUCAAACUACUUCCAACAAACUACGGUGCAAUAAUGCCUAUACGUUUUUACGAGAUCAAAUCUACCAUGUUAUGUACACACCACAUAGAGAAAUUGGUAUAGAUUUAAUCUAGGAAAUAUCUACGAAGGUCUAGCGAGGGCCAAAAUAUGUUAUAGUGUACACAGAACAUAGACAAGUCUCACCUAGAGAACGUAUCUAAAUCUAAAAUCUAGGUAGAUUUUCUCUACAGUGUACACGUACCAUAAUAGUCGGUAUGUUUCUUAUAGCCUCUUCUAAUAUAUUCUCUGCUCGAACGUCAUUUUCAGACCCUGUUGCCUGAAUGACAGUAUUUGGUGGAGUAUAUGUUUUUAAAACUCGAAUGGGAAUAUUUUGACCAGCAUCAAAUAUAUCCACAUGGUCUGGUAUUUCGAUAAAGCAUUCAGAUUGUGGUGAGUAGCUAGAAGAGCUAGUCUGCUGGAGAAUAUGCUGCCUUUUCAUUCUUAAUAAAUUUAAAAUUUCUGUCUGAGCAUCGAGAGCAUCGGUUAGUGGUAGUUGUCGUAGUUGGCUAGCAAUAUUUUUGCCAAAAUAAUAGAACUCGUCUUCUACUUCUCUAUUACACAGAGCUUGAUUUUUAAUUGACUGGAGUGUCUCGAUUGAUUUUUCAAUAUGUUGAGGCAAUGCUCCCUUUGCGCGUUUCCUAGCUGGAUGCGGGGGUACAGUAAAAUGGCUACUAUUAGGCGAUGGAUGGGCACACAAAUCUGAGGGAGGGCUGGUAGGUAUAUCCGAUGAGUGUGGUAUAUCUGGUAAGACUUGCACCUCUUGUGAAGGGAUUUCUGAUAAUGCAUCUGGGGAAGGGAAACUUGACUCGUCGAAUUGUACCUGAAAUAAAAUAAAACUAAUUUUAGGUUCGUUUGUAUGGCUUACAGGUUCCGAAAACAUACGAGGAAUGGGAUGUUAUAUCAAGAGGGUACAAUCAUCGUUGGAACUUUCCUGGAUGUUGCGGCGCACUGGAUGGAAAGCACAUAAACAUACAAAAACCAGAACACAGUGGAAGUGAUUUUUAUAACUAUAAAGGUUACUGUAGUACUGUUCUCUUAGCACUUGUAGACAGUAACUACUGUUUCACAUAUAUAGAUGUGGGAAGCCAAGGCAGAAUGAAUGACGCUUCAAUUUUCAGUAACUCAAUACUGAGAAAGAAAUUGGAAGAUGGCACACUGAAUUUUCCUUCUUGGGGUGUUAUAUUAGGAGACGAAGCAUUUCCGUUAACAUGCUAUUUGAUGAAACCCUAUUCUCGUAGGCUGCCUUUGACGGACGAAGAAAAAAUUUAUAAUUACCGACUUUCUCGAGCGAGAAGAAUAGUAGAAAAUGCCUUCGGAAUAAUGGUAUCAAGAUUCCGUAUUUAUCGUACUCCGAUAUAUGUAUGUCCAGAUAAAGUAGACAAAAUAGUAAAGGCAACUUGCGCGAUGCAUAAUUGGCUAAUCAAAACAGCUUCGCGAUCAUACGCACCUGUCGGCACUAUGGACACGGACGAUAGAUCUGGUGCAUGGAGACAAGAUAUUGCAGAUAUGCAGAAUCAGGGCAGUAAUAAUUAUUCCCAGUUAGCAGAACAAAAAAGAAGCAACUAUAAAAAUUAUUUCAUUGGACAACGUGCUCUCUCAUGGCAAAAUGACAGGAUAUUUUAGGCAAGCAGUAAUACUUGUGUUUUUGUUUUUUUUUUUUUAUACUCCAA